CAUGACUCACAAUUUCUGAAGUUCCUCAUAACCGUUGAUAAAGCCUAAACCUUCUUAUCUCAUUCUCACAUACCCAACACAUAUUUUAACAUAAUAUAUGUAUGUAUAUACGAUUAUUAAAGUAGUAUUAUUUUUUAGAGCUUGGAGAAAGCUGUUGAUAUAUUGGUUAUUCUGCUGUUUGUCUGCAAAAUCGUUACGUUCUAGAGAGACCCAUGUUCUAUAUGCGUCUGGGUGGUCACAUAUCAGGUGCUGUUGUCUCUUCUUGCGAUCAUUUCUUUUGAGAUCUGCAAUUGGGUUAUCAUAAAUCCCUCCUUUCAAUCUUAGCUCAUGCUCACAACUCCAAACUACUUGCUCCAGUACUCAAGUCUUCAAUAAGGUGAUGACACAAAAAAAUUAUAGCAAUUUGCAUACAUUUCUCACUUAACCUUUUGAAAGCGGGCUGUUUCUUGCUUUCUCGGGAAUGCUCAAAUGGCGGACAAACAAAACAUCUUGUCAUACCGAGGGAGGCUGGACAAGACACUGGCAUCUCAUGAUCUUGCAAAUGAACAAACACUUAAGACUCUAGUUAAGAAUCAAUUACUACGCUCAUGCUCAUCGCAAGGUGAAAUUGAAGAAUAUUUCGACAGUGUAGUAGAAAAAAGAACCAAGGGAGUAUCAGAUAUCCUGAACUUGUUGAAGAGUGCUGCAAAUGUUGAUGAGGGAGUGAAAACCAAAGAGACACCACAUGGUAGCUGGAAAUUAAAACAGGAUAAUGAAGAGUACCGUGUUAUGUAUCGAGAAGGACCAGAAGGCACUCCCUUUCAUACACUACUUGUUGAAGGCUUCAUAGAUGGGCCCAUAGACGUUUGUUUAUGUAUAACAUGGGAGUCGACGCUUUAUAAGAAAUGGUGGCCUCAGAGUAGUAUUCCGAGUUUCAAACUUCUCUCUUCCGACUGUUUGCAAAAGGUCCGAAUUGGGGAACAGAUAUCUUUAGUGAGGAUGAAGGUUUCAUGGCCGCUAUCAACGAGAGAGGCUGUUGUGCACUUCUUUGAAUUUGAAUACUUGCAAGAUGAUCUGAUCAUUGUGCUUUUCAACUCGAUCCCUGACAUGGAGAGCAUCAAUAAAAUUACUCAUGGGUUCAGCAAAGAUGGGAUACCUGAUGCAAAGGAUGUAGUAAGGAUUGAUGUGGUAGGAGGAUUUGCUGUACAAAAAGUGACACCGGACAGAAGCUACUUUCGGACUAUAGCGAAUAUGGAUGUAAAACUGGACUUUGUUCCUCCAUCUUUAAUUAAUUUUGUUUCAAGGCAGCUCGUAGGCAGUGGUUUCAGGCUCUAUCAAAAGGAAGUUGCUUCUGUGUAUAAAGGUGAUCAAGAAUUUGGUGAGGCCUUAAAGGACCCAAUGUAUACUCGAAUACGUGAGGCUCUUUGCUCUGAGAAUAAAGAUUCGGGAGAUCUGGAACCAGAAGACCUUAAGAGUGAUGCAUGCAUUCUCCAUGAGGAACAACUUAUCGAGAUUAUGCAGGCUGAGGAGGGGAAUGUGGAAAAGAAGGUUCUUGAUAGUGACCAUGCAGCUGAAUCCUUUUCAGAGGAUGUGGUAAGUAUGGAUCACAGAGCUCCUGGAGAGAUUGAGGAGGUUGAGGAAGAUGAAAUUGAAGAAAGUAGACACUUAGAAGAGGAAGGGAAGAAAAUAUAUAUCCCUCUAUCCAAGCAAAUUGCAGAGAGAUGUUGUGACAAUAAUAAAAGUCAAGUAACUAUCAGACCAGAGGUGGAGCAAGCACUGGGAACAUUAGAGAAAGUCAUUUCUAUCUUUAAGGAAUAUGGAUUUAAUCCCAAAACCAGGUCUCUGCACCGCUUCACCAACAAUGAUUUCCAGAAUUUGGAAGAGAGUGCAGUAAACGAGUCAAAAUCUUCAAAUAAUAGUCAAAUUUGUUCAAAUGUUGGAGUUCGUGUUGAAGCAUCAAAAGAUGAAAUGGUUGAAAGGACAUCAUAUGAACCCAGGAAUAGCUCUGGCAGUCAAGCCUCCAGGUGUGCUGGAUCAAAUUCUUACUCAAAGGAGGCAAACCAUAACAGAAUAGCACCAGUAUCACCGGAUCCGAAUGAAACUCACCAGACUGCUUUGUGUUCCUCUGAAGCCGAGACAACUAAUGGUAACAAGUUGGUUAGUACCGAUGCAAAUGGCAUCCAUAAAAGCAGCCCGAAUAAAGGGAAGAACAAAAAAGCAAGGUUCUGUUGCUUCAAUCUAAUUUCAGGCUAGUUAAUGUCUUGAGAGGAAAGGACUUGAGCUAAACAGAAACAGAUCCUGUUAACCACGCGUCAUUUACCACAGUGGGUGGGAAUGGAUUUUAGAACUAUGCUGCUAGAGGCACAACUGGAUCUUCAUCUCGGAUCCACCUCAUCCAAUGGAUUAGGGGUACAGUUGCCUCUUUCUCUCACUGUACUAAGUUGACAAUACAUUUAGGCAUCACACACAGAAGAAAGAAGAGUAAUAGUUAAUGAUAUGCUUUUAUUACAAGUUCUCUAUUGAAUUUGUUGAUGAGGUAGAUGGUUUCUAGGUUCUUGGAUAUUGCAAUUUAUCUCAAAGUUGUGUAUAUCAAAGUUUAAUUUUUAUAUAAAUGUAGGACGAUUGUGAAAUGUCAGUUCCUUUACCAAUGAAAAGAUGGGUUGGGGAAAUGGUACAUUUUUGUUCUA